UGGAACCGAUGAAGAUGGGCAAACCCAAAAAUAUGAUCCAGUAUAUAAGAAAGCUCACCACCCAAAACAGGUAUCAUUUACCUGAGCACCUUUCCCUUACACACAGUAACACUCGUUAGAUCCAGUGAUAAUGCGAGUUUUAGCACUUUUGACGAUUGCUCUGUGGGCGUGCGAAGCGAAAAUUGUUCCGGUUACUGUUCCUGUGCCGAUCCCGAUUCCAGUGCCCGAAAUUAAACAUGUCGAGAAGAAAAUCUCCCACGUCAAAGAGGUUAAAGUGCCGGUGAUCAAGAAGGUGCCCACCGAGAACACCAUCCAUCACAUCAAAGAGGUACCGGUGAUCAAACAGGUUCCUGUAGUGCACGAAGUGAAAGUGUUUCGUGAUGUCGAAGUUAUCCGGGAGGUGCCGGUUGAGAAAAUCAUCCACAAACGGGUGGAAGUUCCAGUUGAGGUGAUUCGCGAGGUUGAGCUGAUCCGCGAAGUUCCGGUUGUGAAGGAGAUCCCCCACGUCAAGGUCGUUAAGGUGGUCAAGGAAGUUCCGGUGGAGGAAAUUGUACACAAGGAUGUGUACGAACCAGAAACUAAUGCCGUUAAGAUUCCCAUCCACGUACCCGUGAUCAAGGAGGAAGUUAAAGAUAAGCCUUCCAAAUUUGCCGAUUUCAUGAGUUUUAAGGGAUUCUUAGGAUAAAAUGUGCAAUUGUAGUGAAUAAAUAGAAAAAUUGACUUACCAAUA